GGGCAGACAGAGCUUCCAUUUUAGGGGCUUAUGCCCUAGGAUAAAAAUACACAUUUUAUGGAUGUACCUUCUGUUUCCCUGAUACUACAGCAAUAAUCUUUGGAUGGGCUGAGAAAAAAAAUAGGAGUCCCUGUUCUACUACUGUAGAAAAAAUCUAGUGGAUCUCCUGAUUAAGGUGAUGGAGACCCCCUGAGACAACCCACUCCAAUUUUUGACAGCUCUGAUUCUUAGGACAUUUUCCUUCAAUUGAGCUCUGUUGGAGAUGGCAAGUUGCUCCAGGUUCUCUCUCUCCAGCUGCCUCAUCGUCCUUAUCUCCCUCCAGCUACCUCCAGAGGGGUCAGGAAAAGUUGGCAAAAGGAACUUGGUUAUGCUGGGGACAAAAGCUGAGCUGCAUUGUCCUCUAUCCGUCUGGAUGGCCCCUGAGUCUGUAGAAGUAAAAUGGCUACGGACCCCAGAGUCCCAAAUUUCCCAGGCUGUUCAUGUAUAUCGGAAUGGACAAGACUUAUAUGGAGAGCAGAUGCCACAAUACAAAGGGAGAACAGCCUUGGUGAAAGACAACCAAGAAGACAGUUUCAUUCUGGAGAUUUAUAAUGUCCGACUUGAAGACCAAGGAGAGUACUAUUGUCAGAUCCAGGCUGGUUCUCUGAGCAAAAAUGCUUCUGUGAAAAUGGAUGUCGCAGCAUUGGGCUUGGAUCCUUAUAUUCAUAUGGAGAACUAUGAAGCUGGACAGAUUCAGCUGGUGUGCAGAUCCUUGGGAUGGUUCCCAAAGCCUCAGGUUCAGUGGACAGAUGCUCACGGGGAGAUACUUCCAUCAGAGACCCAAUACCUGGAUAAGGAGGGGCUAUUCCAAAUGGAGGCUUCUGUUACUGUGAGAGAUGGAUCUUCAGGGAAUAUGACCUGCUCUAUUUGGAAUUCUGCUCUUGGCCAAGAAAAGAGAACAACUCUAUUCAUAAGAGCUUUUCCUUCUUUGUACGUCACCCCCUCAGCAGUGGGUCUGGCUGUGAUCCUACCUAUUUUGGGGCUCUUCAUUGCAUUGGGUAUUUAUAUCAUAUGGAAGCAACGAAGAUCUAGAGAGAAGCUUCUUUAUCAACAAGUGGUAGAAAUAGAAAAUCUUCUCUCAGACCAUGGGAAAGAGAAAGGGAGACUUCAUAAAGGACUCAAGAAAUAUCGAGCUGAACUCAAAUUGAAAAGAACUGCAGCAGAUGCAGGUUGGAGAAGGGCCAGACUACACCUGGUGGAUGUGACUUUGGAUCCAGAUACUGCUCAUCCCAAACUUCUCCUCUCUGAAGAUCUUAGAAGUGUGAAACUUGGGGACAAACGACAGGCUGUCCCUGACAACCCCAAGAGAUUUAACUUUGUUGUCAGUGUCCUGGGGUCUCCAACCUUUACAUCUGGCUGUCAUUACUGGGAGGUAUGUGUAGGAAACAAAACCAAGUGGAUCCUUGGGGUCUGCAGUGAGUCAGUGAGCAGGAAGGGGAAGAUCACAGCAACACCUUCAAAUGGACAUUGGCUGCUGCGUCAGAGUGGGAUGAAUGAAUAUGAAGCUCUUACAUCCCCACAGACUUACUUCCGCCUCAAAGAGAGCCCCCGCCGUGUGGGGGUUUUCCUGGAUUAUGAAGGUGGAUUUGUCUCUUUUUACAACGCCACCAACAAAUCUCACAUCUAUACGUUCGUCCAUUCUUUCUCUGGCCCACUGCGCCCUUUCUUUGAGCCUUGCUUACAUGAUGAAGGGAAAAAUGUGGCUCCUUUAAUCAUUUGUUCAGGAUCACAGAACUCUGAGGAAUUCAUUUACUCUAAUCUAUCUCCAGAGACUUCAAAAGAAGAAAAACAGACAUUAGGGAUUGGUAAUGGGAAGAUCCCCACAAAGACAGACCAGGCCCCAAAUCUCUACCCUCUCCAGGACAUCGUCUCAUCGUGGCCCUCUGAUAUCACCCCGGCCCUUCAGGGGCUCAGGGCCCCUUUCUUUUAGUGAGAUGUCUCAUACUGCGUCUCUACCCCUUAUCUUAGUCUAGACCCAACAUUCAAGUUUGUCUGUGUCUUGCUCCUGCACAUUAACUGUGGGUGUUUUGCAUCUUUAUACUAUGUAAAUACAUCAAUACCUCAGAGGUCCAAGCUAGUCUUCAUGGAGCUUCUUCUCACCACAGCAGCUCCUCCAUAAUUUAACAGAUGGGUUUCCAGUUAUUCUGAGUGAAAGAUGUCACCCUGGGGCCAACCUGGAGGCAAAUCUUCCCAGACUCAACUUGGCUGGUCUGCAGGUGACAGACACAGUCUAUCAACAGGACUACAUCCAAAACCUUUUCAACUAGGCCUUCGAGAACCUAGUGUCCCUCCAUACAAUGGCGAGGCAUUUGGGAAUUUUAAAACAGGAUCCUGUAUGAAAUUGUAAUUUCAUACCUCCUCCUCAAUUCUCCAUGUUACCAAUUUCCCUCAACUCCUGACUUUUUAAAAGAAAAGGACUACAAACUAAUCAGGCAAAGAAAGGCUGCCCUCCUGGGAAUUUUAAUGAUAGACAACUAGAUAGUAGAAUAGAUGGAGUAAGACCUGAGUUUGAUUCCUGCCUCAGACUCUUGCUAGUUAUGGGAGCUGGGAAAGUAACUUACCUACCAACCUCAAUUGCUUUAUCUAUGAAAUGGAGAUAAUAAAAUCGCUUACCUCACAGGGUUAUUAAAUGAGGUAACAUAUGCAAGGUGAUUUGCAAAAUUGUUAUUACUAUGUUUCUGUAGCAAAAGUAGAAGACUUUGGAAAUCACCCAUGGCCAUGGCAAAAUGUCAAAUGGAAAACAAAUGGAUCAGCUAUUGAGUGGUUUAGGUGGAGAUACCAUGCACAGUAUAACUGUAAACUUAGUCAUGAGCCAUUAUAUCAUCAGAGUUACUUCUACUACUGCUUGAAUCAGGGCUCUAACCAGGAAAAGCCCUCCCUUUCGGAUUGGAUAGCUCUUCUUUUCUCAAUCUAACCAAGGGUAUCUUUUCUUAUGCCAUAAUCGAGUUCAAUACUCUAAUCUCUGUGCUAUGUGACACAUAGAGAUAUGCUUUUUCCUACAACAAUGUAAGCCUUGGAAGCUUAAAAAACACUUUAACUACUCUGUGAAGAUUUUAAACUAAUGGAUUAACUGAAUAAUGGGACCCAGAUGUGGAUAGGUGAGGUAAAACUGACAGAUCUAUCAGUUUGGUGCGUGCAUAUAAAUAUGGGACCAUACCCUGAAUAAAAGCAUGGACCAAAAAGAAUUGCAAGAAGCAAAAUCGAGAAUUGCAGCCUCCUUGCAAAUGGUGAAUAGGGUUAAUUCAUCUGAUCAAGGGGCAGUUUGCGAAGGUGCAGAUAAAAUCAUUGGUCAGGCAACAGACUUUUUAACUAAGUUUUUGAACUUUUGAAUCAAUGAGUGAAAAUACCAAAUACAUUGAUAAUGGUCAGUCCCUUUCAAAUGUGAAGGACAAAUCUGGAGCAAGACUGACUUCUUGUGGCUUAUAGAGACUGGGCCCAUCACACUGAAGUUCCAAUUGAUAAAGGCCUUUCCAGGCCAUCUCUUUGAAAAUGAGAAGAAGGGCUCUGAAAACCCUUAACUCCCACCUUGUAUUGACUAGAUUACCAUGUCAGUGUUAAAGGAAAAUGCUUUUUGUAAUCUUUGAAAAUUAAAGUUUGAUAUUGUUUGGUACCUUGA